UUGUUUUUGGUAAGUAUAUUUUGAAUAGCCAGAAUAUUUGUGCAAUAGGAUAUUUUUUAUUCCGCUGUAAUAUUUACGGCAAGCGAAAGUAACACAACGCGUGUUGAUUUAUAAGUUUCAGCGCAGAAUGAUUCAGUUCAUAAUAUUGAUAUCGCUCUGCAUACUGGUGCUUAGCGUGGAACGAGCGGAUGCUUCCGGCUUAGGUUUUGCUGAUACGGUAGCACUAAUUCUCGGCUUCGCCAUAGGAACCGUCGGAAUACUGGCCUGCCUGGGACGCUACGCUCGUCGACUGCGAGCUGGUUUAUAUUGAAUGCGAUCGAACGAAGUUCUGUUUAAGAUACAGUAAUUUAUCGUAGUUUGUAAGAUAUCUAAUCAAAUCAAAAUGAGCUAUUUGAGAGUAAUAACGAGACCUGCGAUUAACGCAAGAACCUGCAAGGCAUUGAGACAUACGCGGCACUAUUCACUGGAGGCGUCCCUGACUGGCUUAUGGACAACGGUUUCAUGCAGCACUCCAGUGGCAUAUAUGCAACAAGGAUUAAUCGCAAUGCACGAUCUUUCCGGAUUACCCUGGUGGGCUUCGAUAAUUGUGUCUACAGUACUGGUGAGGUCUAUUGUGACGUUGCCAUUGGCUAUCUAUCAAAAUAAAAUCGUUGCUCGCUUGGAAAAAAUCACACUCGAAAUGCCCGCCAUUGCUAGUGAGCUUAAACGGGAAACUGCUUUUGCAAUUAAGAAGUAUAGCUGGACAGAACAAGAGGCAAGGAUAAUGUACACCCAUUCGCUGAAUAAACAAUGGAACAAUCUGAUCAUUCGCGAAAAUUGCCACCCAGCGAAAACGUUAGUCGUUUUGUGGGGUCAAAUUCCACUAUGGAUCAUAAUGUCUGUAUCGAUCCGAAAUAUGGUCCAUAUGCUUCCUGAUCCAAGUUCAGUCGAUGCUCAGAUCACCUUCGCCGAACUAAUGCUGGGUGGAUUUGCCUGGAUACCAAAUUUAACGAUGGUGGACCAAUCAUGGAUACUACCAGUGGCGAUGGGUGUGAUUAAUUUUUCAAUUAUAGAGAUACAAAACGCGUCCAGAACGAAGACACCAUCAAAACUUCAGAAGACAUUUACCAAUUUGUACCGCAUUCUCAGCGUGUUGAUGAUUCCAGUAGCUGCUACAGUUCCUUCAUGUCUCUGUCUGUAUUGGGUAACGUCGAGUGCUUGUGGAUUGGGUCAAAACUUAUUAUUGAUGUCACCCCGUGUCAAACGCCUGGUAGGAAUUCCUCACGUUCCCUCGGAGAUAGCUCAACCUUAUCAGCAUAUUAAAACGAAUCUUGCAGAUAAAUACAGCUCUUUGCUAGCAAAAAUGCGACUAAGUUCGAAAUAGAUAAUUAUUUAACUUUUGUUAUGUAAAAUAAAAAAGUUUUAUUCGUAUAAAAAUGGUAACGGUACAUCUUCUUAGUUACUAAGAGUAUUGCAUAUUAAGGUACUUUAAGAAUGUUCUAUACGCCAUACAUAUGCAGCGAUUGUUUAAGCUUUUCCUCGAUCCAGUCAAGAUAGUGAGACACCUUGACAUACACUCCCGGCUUGUUGACAUAGCCACAGUGAAAGCCCCAGGAUAUUAUUCCAUACAGUGUGUGACCGCCUGCAAAAAGAAAAUAAAAAUUGUGAUAAUA